GCCAAACAUUUGACUUCAGUAAUAUAACUCUCUUGCCAUUGAUAAGUUCAUAGAUACCUGUUCCUCUAUCACUUUGAAAAAGAUAAAGAGGAAGUGAAUAAUAUUUUAUUCAAAUCAAAUGAUGCAGAUUGCCUCAGAAAAGCAGAUUCCAAAUACUUUACAAAUAAUCCUGUCAAACAAUCAUUGUUUCAUAGUGAUGAAUAAGGCAUGCGAGUCUACUAAAAGAAACACAGCAGCCAGAAAUUUUCACUCACCCAGAAGACAAUCAUAAACAGAGAAGUGGAAGUUCACAUUAUGCAGUCCAACAGUACUUCAGCGCACUUCCUAUCCUCCCAUGAGGAUGUUUUGAUGAAGAAAAUUCUGCAGACACAUGAGCCAGAUGAUUAUCAUGUUGACUCUGCUCCUCUACUCCAUCUGGCUGAAAAUAUCAUCCACAACAUCACAAUGCCAUGCGUCGUCAAGUCAGGUACAAAGUCAGUUCAAGAAGAUCCUAAUGGUAGACAAGACACUGGGAUUGUCAGAUCCAUCAAACAACUAGGACAGACAAUUCAUCUCAUCUCACGUGAGAUGCUGAGGUACAGCUCAAUGGAUCGAUCCUUGCAUGCAACAACAAUGGCUGUGCUAGAAUUGUUGGGGAAGCAUUCAUGGAGUACAAAACUUGUUAUAGUGCUUGCAGCUGUAGCAACAAGCUUUGGGGAUUUUUGGCUCAUCACGCAGCUAUAUCCUACUAAUCCUCUGGCCUUAUCAAUAGCAUCAAUGAAAGGACUGAGGAAUAAGAUAGAAGUCACUAAAUCGUUGGAGCAAAAGCUCAAGGCUUUCAGGUAUCUUGUUGAGAAAAUGGUCAGCGUGACAAAAUGCAUGGUGGAAUUUGAAAUGCUUCCAAUGCAAUACACAACCCUAGAUUAUGAUGCGAUGGCUGCAAUGAAGACUCAAAUCCACAUAGCUUCCUACUGGGUAAUCAGAAGUUCGGUGGCAUGCACUUCCCAGAUCACUAGCUUGAUAGUACUGAGCUUCGAGCAAGUGCAUAACAAGAUAGAUUUAAUAGUGUUAAAUCAAUUUUACAGGCACACAAGUACCAUAACUGCAACAUGGGAACUUUGGAGUUCAGCACGUAAAGUCAGCGACAUGGACAAUUUUUUAAAAAAGCAAUUCAAUAUCUUUCAUCAACAAAUCGAGAAUAAAAUAAAUUCAGGUCUCUCGCAUCUGUUCGAGGAGGUUCAUCUUGACAAUCAAAAAGUUCUAAGCACAUUAUUUGCUCUAAAGGAUGACUAUCCACUCAGGGAUUAUCGGUCAGAAGAAAAGGUUGGUGUGGUUGUCCUAAGAAACAAGGAGGUUAUACUCUUCAUAUCAACUCUAACAAUAAAGCUAGAAAAGCUUCUUCUUAUCAUCCAACAACUCCAAAAUCAUCCUCAAAAUGAAUCAGAGAAACCCUUUGUGAUUGUUUGGGUUCCUAUAGUUUUCUCCAUACCAUGGUCUGAUGCUGAAGAGAGAGCUUUCAAAAAAAUGGCUAACAUAAUGCCAUGGUAUUCCCUGUACGAGCCAUCAAAACUGAGUUUAUCUGUCACAAAAUUUAUCCAAGAAAUGUGGCAUUUUCAAGGUGAUCCAAUUAUGGUGGUUCUGGAUACCAAAGGAAAGGUUACAUCUUUGAAUGCUAUGGAUAUGAUAUCAAUAUGGGGGCCAAAGGCAUAUCCUUUUUCAGUUUCACGAGAGCAAGAGCUUUGGGAAGAACAAAAUUGGACAAUCGAAUUUCUACUGGAUGAUAUUGACCCCCUUAUAUCCUACUGGAUGCAAGAUGGAAGAAUAAUUUGCCUUUAUGGAAGUAAUAACAUAGGAUGGGUCCAGGACCUCACCAGCCAGAUAAAAGACAUUACCAGAGCUGGAAUUCUCUUAGAAUUAAUAUAUGUUGGAAGCAGCUACGAUGAAGAUACAAGAGAUAUUUUAUCAACCAUCAUUAAAGAAAAGCUAAGUAGCUACUUGCCUCAGACAACGAUUAGCAUCUUUUGGUUACGGUUGGAGAGCAUAUUAAGUUCAAAACUCCGUCUUGGCAAUACAGAUAAAUCUGAUUUCAUUAUGAAUGAAGUAAAGUCUUUGUUGAGCUUUGAGUCUAGCAAAAAAGGAUGGCUACUUAUAAGCAAAGGAUCAUCAACUGAAAUUCUAAAGCUUUAUGGAAACAAAGUCCUUGAACUUUUGUCACUUUUUCAAGUAUGGGGCCACAAAGUUCGUAAAUGGGGAUUCAUGGGUGCCAUUAGAAAAGCACUUGACCCUCCUUCAGUUAUAGAUCAUUGCAAUUACUAUAGCAUCACACCCUAUACAGAGGAUUUGAAUGAAAAGAUAUCACUUUGCAAGAAAUGCAAGUGCCCCAUGGAAAAGAACUUUAUGUAUCAGUGCAAGAUAAAUACCUAAUCCAGACAUUUA